GGGCUGGACAUCUCAGCUUUGGAACAGAGGAACCAGCCAAGCAAAUGUUGUCUCUCAAAGUUCUCUCUCUGCUCCUGGCUUCUCUGGGCUUUGUUUUGAUGGAAGAGAACGUCUCGGGCAUCACUCUCAGGGCUCCCAGUGCCCGACCAGUCCAAAGACGCUACUCUGAAGCCACCCUGGCCAGCGACUACAGCCGCACGAUGGACAACGUGCUGAAGAAGGACUUCGUGGAGUGGUUACUGGCCAGGCGGGAGAAGAAAAGCAGCAACGCGAUGGAGCCUCACAAGAGAGAAGCUGAGCCCCAAGGACCGGCUGAGACCGGGCAAAGAUUGGACCUGAGCACCCAGGAAGGCAAAGAUUUCCUCGCCUGGCUCCUGAAAGCCAAGAAAAACCAGAGUUUCACCUCCCUGGAAGGCUCAGAAGGUUUGCAGGGUGUUUGGAAGCAGGAGCUGCUGAGCUGGCUGCUGGGGGAGCUCUGCACACCCAGAUCCAUUUUCCUAGCAAGAUGUAGAGGAGGUGAAGGAUUUCACAGCAAGAACCUGGGCUGGUGGGAGGUGUCCCUGCCCAAGCAGGUGUAA